AUGCCGGCCUACCACUUCCAGACGACUCAAGAAAGUGCUUCUGCUGAUUUUGAUGCAUCCUCUCAAUUUUCGGCGGGUACAACGACAAACCUGCAGAAGACGUCGGCCGAUAUAUUGGAAGAAGAUGAUAUGGAAAGAGCGAGGAGACAUGCUGCAGCCACCAAUCUGCCCUUAAACUCAGGUGUGUGGGAGCGAGGUGAAGAAGAACUAUUUUUCCACCUAUCAUACCGAGGCUUCGAACCACUGCUCCCGAAGAACUGGAUGACCGAUUUCCGAACGCUACCACUCACUCUCUAUUCACCCGAUACCGAAGAUGCGUCCGAACCACUAAUCAAGGCUCGUAAGCCACAUGGUGAAUUUCGAGCUAUCAGAGAGCUACGAGACUUGCUAGAUCUGGGAAAGGACGUACGUGACAAGGUUCUCAUAAGCCCGGGCGUCAAGGUGGAAACUAUUGUCGAAAGAGCGACUAAGAGGUACAUUGCUUGGGCACUGGCCGAUGCCGGUAUCAAGUUGUCUAUACCUGCCUCGCGGCGCGGCCCUCUACCAAUACACGUCAUAGUCAAGCUCAAAUCCAAUCAGACCACUACGAGCUGCCUAUUGGAGCUGAAAGAGAAACUCCACGCGUUGAGGACACGACAUUAUCGUGUGCGCAAUAUUCAUGAGAGUAUAGAACGAGACACCAGCGACCUCAUGACACCCGAGAGUGGGAGUCCAACGAAGGUAGCCGAAACCUCCAAGGAUGACAUACCUGUGCUGUAUGGCAUUCUUAUCUGCAAGAGCAUCUUAGCGAUCUUCACACUGAAUACUUGGGGCCGCAACCAUUACAGGCCAUCUCCAGCAAUCACGGAAUCCACUACAGCUACAAAGCUUGAUACACAACACUUGCCAAGCAUGGAAGUGGAUGAAGAGAAUGAAGAUGAUUCUACCUCAGAUCCAAGGUUUAUAGCCGACUUCGAUUUCAGUGAUUCGACUAAAGAUGUAUGGAAUGCCUUGGUCAUAGCUAUCGUCGCUAUGCAGAUACGGAAAGAUAUGCUUCUCCCUGAGGGGACUGGAGGUGUUGAUGAGUCGAUCGAGGACAUUCGAGCAGGCAUCGAAGACAACUCGAUCAUGGACGAGGAUGAACGUCUUGAUGCGUGA